AUGAUCUUUAUCACAGGUUGUUCUUCGGAUAUCCGAGUUGAGACAGCUAAGCCCUUGUCGAAGACGAGCGCAAAACUGUAUCUAACAGCACGAAAUCUCCAAAAGGCAAGGACGGCCCUUGGUGAACUCGCAGAGUCUCCAAAUAUCCGCCUUCUUCACCUUGACCAGGAGUCUCUCUACAGCGUUCGGAGUUGUGCUGCAAAGUUCUUGGCUGAGAACGACCAAUUGUACCUCUUGGUUGCAAACACGGGCGUCAUGAUGACCCACAAAGAGACCACGAAGGACGGCUUCGAGCUUCAAUUUGGAGUGAGUCCUCUCGCACUUUCUCUUGACUAA